ACUCUUUGUAUCAUCAUAUUCAAUAUUCAUGACGUGAUUGCCUUGGAACUGAAUUAUAGAAAAUAAUUUUUGUUUUCAGAAAAUAGAUGUUGGAUUAACUAACAUAUUUUUACAAGAGACUUGUUUUUCAUUUCAAAGAUGUCUGGAGGUCAUAAACAUCGUUACAAGAAUGCGGGCUUAAGUGCUGACGAGUUGCGCCGUCGUCGAGAAGAGGAAGGUGUUCAGUUGCGCAAGCAGAAAAGAGAGCAACAACUAUUUAAAAGAAGAAAUGUUAAUCUACCAGCACCUAAUGCUCCUGAUAUUGCUUUGCAGGAUGAUAUCAACAUUUCAACUUCUGAUGACAUCACACCACAAAUGGUGGCUGCACUGUAUAGUGAUAACCAACAGGAACAGAUUGUGGCCACCCAGAAAUUUAGGAAGCUUUUAAGUCGCGAACCUAAUCCACCUAUAGACGAAGUGAUACAGACUGGAAUAGUUCCUAAAUUUGUUGAAUUUUUAACUAAUAGUUCUAAUCCAACAUUACAGUUUGAGGCAGCAUGGGCGUUGACGAACAUAGCGUCUGGAACGUCGGAGCAGACGCGCGUGGUUGUGGAAAGUGGUGCGGUAGGCGCGCUGGUGGCGCUGGUGGGCGGGGGUGCGGGUGACGACGUGCGCGAGCAAGCCGUGUGGGCGCUAGGCAAUGUCGCCGGCGACUCUCCGCGCUGCCGGGACGCAGUGCUCGCCGCCGGCAUCCUGCCACCGCUUAUAGAGAUUUUAAAUAAAUAUACAAGAUUAUCCAUGACAAGGAAUGCCGUGUGGACACUCUCAAAUCUUUGUAGAGGUAAAAAUCCUCCUACAAACUUUGAAGCUGUAGCUCCAGGUAUUCCAGUACUGGCGCGGCUGCUGCACCACACGGACGCGGAUGUAUUGAGUGACGCGUGCUGGGCGCUCUCCUACCUCUCCGACGGACCCAAUGAGAAGAUACAAGCUGUCAUCGACGCCGGCGUCUGCAGGCGACUUGUCGAACUACUCAUGCAUAACAAGUCGACUGUAGUGUCGGCGGCGUUGCGUGCGGUGGGAAAUAUAGUGACUGGGCAUGAUGCGCAGACACAGGCGGUGCUGAACUGCAACCCACUGCCCAGUCUGCACGCGCUGCUGCGCUCCAACACAGAGGCGCUGCGCAAGGAGGCUUGCUGGACCCUCUCUAACAUCACUGCUGGCAAUGCUGUGCAAAUACAGGCAGUAAUCGAUGCGAAUAUUGUACCGACACUUAUCGAGAUCUUGAGACAGGCGGAGUUUAAAACGAGGAAAGAGGCCGCGUGGGCGAUUACAAAUGCUACCAGUGGAGGCACCAGGGAUCAAAUUAGGUAUUUAGUGGAACAAGGUUGUAUACCGCCUUUAUGUGAUUUGUUGACUUUAACGGACUCUAAGACUGUUCAAGUGGCGCUCAAUGGACUUGACAAUAUACUGAAAGCGGGACAACAGGCAGAUCAGUUGAACCCUUACGCUGCUCUUAUCGAAGAAUGUUUUGGUUUAGAUAAAAUUGAAUUUUUGCAAUCGCACGAGAAUCUCGACAUCUACCAGAAGUCGUUUGAGAUAAUCGAGAACUACUUCGGGUCGGAGGGAGAGGACGGGAGAGUGGCGCCAGUCUCCUCCUCCGGGCAGUACCACUUCGCAGGGGACCAGGCCGUGCCCAUGGGCGGCUUCCACUUCUAACUCAUACAUAUAUAUGACCAAUGCGUAUAAUUAGGAAUGGAUAGAUGUCCCUAUUGGCUCCGGCGAUGUAAUAAAUGCGGGAGUGUGUUUGUAUGUAGUACCGCAGUAUAGACAGCGGGACGGGGCGAGGACUUAGUCUCGGACAAGCCAGGCUCGGUCCGGACACCGCUGUCAGUCUAGAUUUUAUUUAUCGCUAAUAACCUCGCCUCGUUACCUUUACUUUUGCUUGUAGAUAAAAGCUAUAACUAUAACUAAACCAUGAGAUUUU